AUGGUCCUUGCCCCUGCCAUCCAGGCUUUUCAGAGCGACCAGGGAAAUUGUGUGGAGCCUGCUCCAAGCACAAAAUCAACUUGGGGCCAAGACCUAAAUGCGCCACAAAAUGCAUCUAUUCCGACGCCCCAUGAUGCAAUGCAUGUCGCAAAGAAAAAAAUGCAACCAAUUUCUUGCAUCAUUCAAUGCGAUGCGUUCGAAGCCAAUGGACGUCUGCAUUGUACGGGCCGCGACGCUUCCCCGUGGAGAGAUCUCCACACACACACGGGGAGAGUUUCCAGGCCCCGCGGAACUUCUUGGCCACAACAUGUACAAGGGGGAGCAGUACCCGCGGUUGGAUGGUGUGUUUUCCAUGAGACUGAGUUGAUCGUCAUGCUCCUCGGUGAAUUAUCGGGGACGGAGAGGCGCGGAGACUGCCACCUUAAGUUACGUGUGGAGCAGGAGAACCUGGCCCCAGUACUUUUCGAAACUGUCUCAAGACUCGAGGGAACUCGUUGGUUGGUUCCGUUCCUCUCGGCGAAUUCUGGACGAUGGACGACCCGAGAGGACGCUACUCCGAGUUGGCGUGGCCCGGCCUGUUCACCGGCAGCCCGUCGAUGGAGUUACCGGCCAGCCAAGGACUCGCUUCCCCUCAGAAUCCCGAGAAAAUGUCCCGCCAUGGCACUCCCGCCGUGGACGCCACCCGGACCUGCCGGGAAUCGACGUACCAGUCCCGACUUCGUGAUCGUGGGACCCAACCCGAUUUGGGAAGUGAUCGAUUAG